GGUUUCUAUAGGAUGGGUGAAGGGAGUCUGGGGCGAGUGAGGGGUGGUCUGUAGGGUGAGGGAUGCUGGUCCGUGGGAUGAAUGGAUCUGGGGAUCCGGGUGAGGGAUGAGUCUAUAGGGACAACAAUGGGAGUGUGUGGGGUCAGUGUUGACAUUCUGUGGGCUCCAUGAUGGGUGGCUCUUUCAGCUCUAAUCUUUCAGAUCAAUAAUAUGUCCAUGGAUAAACAAAAAUCUCUGCUCUUGUGGUGUCGACAUUUCGAUAGAGUGGUUUGAUUUUUAUUUCCCUCAUGACCAGUAAGUUUGAGCACCUUUUCUUAUAUGGAUUCAUUACUUGGAGCGCCUCUUUUGUGAGGGGCCUGUUCAAGUCUUUUGUUCAUUUUUCUGUUGGGCUCUCUGCCUUUCACUUACUUUGUAGGGUUUUUUUUGAGACAGAGUCUCGCUCUGUUACCCAGGCUGGAGUGUAGUGACAUGAUCUCGGCUAACUGCAACCUCCACCUCCCGGGUUCUAGCAAUUCUCCUACCUCAGUCUCCCCAGUAGCUGGGAUUACAGCAGCUGGGAUCACAGGUGCCUGCCACCACGCCUGGCUAAUUUUUUUGUAUUUGUAGUAGAGACAGGGUUUGGCCAAGUUGGCCAGGCUGGUCUCGAACUCUUGACCUCAGGUGAUACACCUGCCUUGGCCUUCCAAAGUGCUGGGAUUACAGGUGUGAGCCACCUCACCCAGCCAGGAAUUGUUUUCAAAUAUCCUGAUACCACUCCUUUAGUAGUGGUAUGUGUUUUGCAAAUAUCUCUUUCCAGUUUUUGGCUUCUCUUUUCAUUUUAUGGCUUUAAAUAUGAAGAUUUUAAGUUAAUUUUGAAAUGUAAAGCACAUUCUUCAGUUAAAAAACAGACAAUGUCCUGUGGAAUUUAGGAGGAGAACUAAUUUUUUAGGGCAUCCAGAAGCACUUAGAGUUGCAGCUCUGAAAAUCUUAGUGCCGGAACAGCUUGGGAGGAGUUCUUUACUUUGUUCUUCUACCACCUCACUAAAUCACUGGCAGUGGAUCUUGGACAACUCAUGAAACCUCUCUAGGCCUCAGUUUCCCCACUGUGAAAUGAGGAUAAUAGCAGGGCCUACUCUGUGAGGCUUGGGAUGAGAAGUGAUUAAUACCUGAUUGUUACUUAUUCGCCAUAGUUUCUUAGCAUUGGUGCACUGAUUUUGUAUAUAUUUCACCGAUCUUCCUUGAACUCAAGGUUACUGCUGCUCAUGUAAUACCAAAGUCUGGUGAAGGAAAUUAACUACCAAGGUUUUUUUUUUUGUUGUUGUUGUUGUUUCCUAAAACGUAGUCUUGCUCUGUCACCCAGGCUCAAGUGCAGUGGCACCAUCUCAGCUCACUGCAACCUCCACCUCCUGGGUUCAAGUGAUUCUCCUGCCUCGGCCUCCUGAGUAGCUGGGAUUACAGGCACGCACCACCACGCCCAGCUAAUUUUUGUAUUUUUAGUAGAGACGGGGUUUCACCAUGUCAGCCAGGCUGGUCUUGAACUCCUGACCUUGUGAGCCACCUGCCUUGGUCUCCCAAAGUGUUGGGAUUACAGGCGUGAGCCACUGCGCCCAGUCAGGAAUAAGGUUUUGUUAGGUAGGGCUGAGCUUUGGAGGGCCACAAACCAUUGUAAUAUCUAAGGUUUUUUUUUUUUUGCCUGCAACAACUAAGUUUUGACCCUUGGGAGCAAUAUCACCCCCAUUAAGAAUGCAUGAUCUAGUUGUCUUUCUUUUCUUUUCUGUUUUUUUUUUUUUUUUUUUUUUUGAGACAGGGUCUUCUGUCGCCCAAGCUGGAGUGCAGUGGCAUGAUCUCAGCUCACUGCAACCUCCACCUUCUGGGUUCAAGUGACUCUCCUGCCUCAGCCUCCCAAGUAGCUGAGACUACAGGACAAAGUUCCCGAAAUGGAGUUACUGGCUCAGAUGAGAAACACAAGUCACCGAUGAAUUAACAAGCAACACAUUGUCACAUCCAGCUGUUGAAGAGUGUGGUUAACUCAGCUUCAGCUCUGAAGACUCUUUGCACUCCACCCUGCCCAGUUGCUUUCCAAAGAGAAACAAAAAAUGAUUGAGUCCCAGGAAUCAGUGACAUUUGAGGAUGUGGCUGUGGACUUCACCCAGGAAGAGUAGCAGCAGUUGAAUCCUGCUCAGAAGACCCUGCAUAGGGAUGUGAUGCUGGAGACCUAUAGUCAUCUGGUCUCUGUGGGGUGUUCAGGUAUAAAACCAGAUGUAAUCUUUAAGGUGGAACAUGAAAAGGACCCAUGGACCAAAGACAGUGUGUUGUCAAGGUGGAUCUACCCAGACAGAGAGAAAGGCCUUAAAUCUUCCCAGCAGAUCAUUUCUGGAGAACUUUUAUUUCAAAUGGAAAUACUAGAAAGAGCCCCAGAGGGUAAUUCAUUGUACUCUGUUUAAAAAAUCUGGCAUAUUGAUAAUCAAAUAGAUAGACAUCAAGGAAACCAAGACAGAGUUUUGAGGCCGGUCACAGUCAUCAGCCAUGAAACACUGACUGAGGAGACAGAUUCCAAAUAUAGUGCAUUUGGGAAAAUGUUCAAUCGGUGCACAGACCUUUCUCCUUCAAGUAAAAAAUUCCGUAAGUUUGAUUCAUGUGAAAAUAGCUUGAAGCCUAGUUCAGAUUUACUAAAUUAUAACAGGAGCUAUGCAAGAAAGGACCCCAUUGAGAGAUUUGGAUGUGGGAGAUCACCUAGCUAUAAUGUUUCCUGUUCUGUACCUGAGAAGGAAGGCUUCAUUCGUAGAAUGGAGCCCUGUGGAGAUAGUCAAUGUGAAAAAGUUCUCAGUCAUAAGCAAGCCCAUAUUCAGUAUAAGAAAGUUCAAGCCAGAGAGAAACCCAGUGAUUAUAGUAUGUGUGGGAAAGGCUUUAUCAGGAAGUCACAGUUCAUUACUCAAAGAAUUCACACUGGAGAGAAACCAUAUGUAUGUGGAGAUUGUAGGAAAGCUUUCAGUGAGAAAUCAAACCUCAUUGUGUAUCAGAGGAUUCAUACUGGGGAGAAAUCCUAUGAAAGUACUGAGUGUGGAAGGGCAUUCUCCCAGAAGUCACUGUUCAUUGUUCAUCAGAGAGUCCACACUGGAGAGAAACCCUCUGAAUGUUUUGAGUGUCCAAAAGCUUUCUCCCGGAAGUCACAUCUAAUUAUACAUAAGAGAGUUCAUAUGAAAGAGAAGUCCUUUGAAUGCAGUGAAUGCAGGAAAGCCUUCUGUGAGACAUCUCACCUUUUUAUACACCAGAUAACUCAUACUGGGGAGAAACCCUAUGAAUGUACCGAAUGUGGGAAGACCUUCUCUCGGCAAACACAGUUCAUUAUACAUCAGAGAACACAUACUUGAGAGAAGCCCUAUAAGUGUAGUGAAUGUGGAAAAACUUUCUGCCAACAGUCCCACCUCAUAGGACAUCAAAGAAUUCAUAUAGCAGAAAACACUUAUGUCUAUACUGACUCUGGGAAGGCCUUUUCUCAGAUCUCACACCUCACUGGCCAUCAAAGGCUUCAUACUGGAGGGAAACGUUAUAUGUGUACUGAAUGUGGAAAAUCCUUCUCUCAGAAAUCACCUCUUAUCAUACACCAGAGAAUUCAUACAGGGGAGAAACCUUAUGAGUGUGGUGAAUGUGGCAAAACCUUCUCCCAGAAAUCACCCCUCAUUAUUCAUCAGAGAGUUCAUACAAGGAAGACCUGUGAGUGUACUGAGUGUGGGAGGGCCUUUUCCCUGAAGUUACAUCUCAUUCUACAUCAGAGAGCUCGUACUGGAGAGAAACCCUAUGAAUGUAGUGAAUGUGGAAAAGCCUUCUGUGAGAAGUCUCCACUCAUUAUACAUCAGAAAACUCAUCCUAGGGAGAAAUCCCCUGAAUGUACUGAGUUUGGAAUGACUUUUUUCCGGAAAUCACAGAUGAUUACACAUCAGAGAAGACACUCUGGGGAGAAGCCCUCCAGAUGCAGUGACUGUGGGAAGGCCUUCUGCUAACAUGUAUACUUCACUGGGCAUCAGAAUCCAUAUAGGAAACAUACCUUGUAUAUAUGCUGAUUGUGGGAAGGUCUUUUCCCAGAAGUCAGUCCUCAUUGUGCAUGGGAAAACUCACAUUAAAGAGAAAUGGUGGCAACUUCUCAACUGUAGAAUAGAAUCAUAUGUUCCUCCUUCCACAGAAUGAUCUGGGUAUAACAAAGACAAGGAGUCUCCCAAAGGGUUUUCAGGAAGCUAAGCAUAAUCCAGAUAUCCUUAAUCUUGAUAAUCCAUAAUACCUGAAAGAUGAGAUUUCAAACUGCAAAGAAGCAUGAUGGCAGGGUAUCCUGUGACCAAACCAGAUGUGAUUGCCUCUUUGGAGGAGGAAGGAUGUUGGAUCACAGAGACAGAAGUCCUAAGUUUGAGUUGUACAGAUAAGAAGGAAAUGAGCAGGCCAGGCACAGUGGCUCAUGUCUAUAAUCCCAGCACUUCGGAAAGCUGGGGUGGGUGGAUCACUUGAGGUCAGGAGUUUGAGACCAUCCUGGCCGACAUGGUGAAACCCUGUCUCUACUAAAAUUGCAAAAAUUAGCCAGGUGUGGUGGCCACACCUGUAGUCCCAGCUUCUUGGGAGGCGGAGGCACGAGAAUCACUUGAACCUGGGAGGCAGAGGUUGCAGUGAACCGAGAUCACACCUCUGCACUCCAGCCUGGGUGACAGAGACCCUGUGUAAAAAAAAAAAAAAAAAAAAAAAAAGAGAAAGAAAUAAA